AACUGCCGUAGUGGAUCAAGGCUCUUCAGAAACAACGCGUAUGGCUGCACGACGAUACAAGGCAGACCCAAGAAGACAUAGAAAUUUGGGGUUCGUAUGCGAAGGGAGUCAACUGCGCCAUCCACUGCUUCCCUCAAUCACCUAAAGCAGUCUUGGGUACCUACCUACCCACCUUGCCGACUUAGCCAGCUCUCACAAAUAGAGCACGACCCCGCUCUUCGCACAGAUCGCGACGACUCAAAUCUAAAAUCGCGAUAGUUUUCAGCUCCGCCUACGACUUUUCUUCAACCGCGCAUCUCGCGCCGCCUUUGCGAUAUGAGCGCCACGGAUGCGAUAAACGCCACGGAUGUGAUGGAUGCCCCAGAUGCCAAGGACGCCCAGGAUGCGAAUGACGUCUCGGAUGUGAAGGAUGUCCCGGAUGUGAAGGACGUCCCGGUCUGGGAUGCGAAGGAGCUCCGAGCCGUCCACGACCAGCUCGGAACCAUCAAAAAUGUCAUUCUCUGCGUCGACCCCGUCGACUUGGACAAUAUUUGGGUGAGCCUGUGGGCCCUCGUCCGCGUCCCAAACGCCCACAUCCACAUCGUCCUCUCGCCACGCGUGCUAGAUCUGCGCGUUCCCAACUUCGGCGAGCUCUUUAGAGAGUUCAUGCAAAAGGAUAUCGGUGGCAAUAAGUACAUGCUCAACGUGCUCAACAAGGACGCCAAGAAUAUCUUCGCGAAGCUGGGGGGUAGGGAGUUCCGAGACUACUUCAGACGAGACACAACAUUCCAGAAGGACAAGCACACCAGAACACACAUCCCCCUCUAUAUGGCCCUGUCGGCGCUCCGCUUUGCCCUCAAGUUCUCAAGCAAGGGUCACACCCGCGACCGGUACACCUUCUACUGGGACCGCAAGUCGAUGAAUACUAUCAUCCCCGGCAUCCACCACCCAACUCACGUCAACGACUUUCUCUACGCAUGUACCACCGCAGAACGCAAUGAGGCCCACCAGUACGUGCAUCAGCGGGGAAAAGAGCGCGAGAGAAACAUGCUGUCCGUCAUGGAGAAGACAGCCGACAGGCUGGCCAAAGACCUGGGCUACGUGAAGCCAGGCGACAUCUUGAAACCCCUCGAGGACCUGAUCACGCUCUGCAGAGGCGACGGGCACAUCGCUAGCAACCCAAGCCUGAUCCUAGGCGGGGGGCCGUUCACCGAGAUGGUUCGCAUCCUCGAAGAGACUAGUCUCAAGCCCAAAGCCAUCAUGGCCAUGGCGCGCACCUGGUUCGCCGACGCCAACAUCUUCCUCAACAAUUAUAACGAUCUCAUGGAUUUGGAUUCGGCCAUGCGGCUUGAGGAGAUCGUCAAGACGAGAGCGAUACCCACGUGGUUGUUUCCAACCGAGUGCGCCAAAGCCAAGGUGGUAAAAAAUGAAGUCCUUCGAGCGUGUCCCUGGGACUUUUCCAGGACUGAACUGGAAGGCAUCUUCCGGAAGGCUGGCGACAUGGAGUCGUUGAAUCAGGCGGAUGCAUUUGCCAAAGAGACCCAGACAUUGGCUAAGAUCCACAUGUUCGACGUGCUCGCCGUGGUACCGGUCACCUUCCCAGACUCGCUGCCGUACGUCCGCGCCGAGAGCUACUGGGAAAAGGUUGGGGAGCAGCGCGUCAUCCGUCUCAGGAAGAAUGAAGCCGGUCCCAUCAAUGUCUUCGAACCCGUGGAAGAGGUCAUGAAGAAAUACAAGCAAGCGGCGAUGGACGAGAUUAGCUACGUUCUGACUUCCAUCAAGAAGCCCGAGCUAAGCAGGGUGAUCAAGGUGGGCAGGGUGAUUAAGGUGGGCAGGGUGAUCAAGCAAGGCCAGCAGAGCGCCCAGCAGAGCGCCCAGCAGAGCGCCCAGUUCAAGCAGCAGAGUGUGCAGCCCAAACAGCCGAACGUGCAGUCCAACAAGCCCGCACAGCCAGUGCAGCCCGUGCAACCCAAACGAUUCACUCAUGGCCAGCAGGGCCAGCAGGGCCAGCGGGGCGUGCAGGUCAAGCAGCAGGGCGCGCAGGGCUAGCAAAGUAAACAGGUUAUUCUGGUCGAGCGCGGUCCACUGGGGCCGCUGGGAAAUCUAGGUAGGAAUCGAAGACACAAGGCUGGCAGGACACAGAGUGGAGCGAGAGAAGGGGUAAGUUCAGUGCGAGUCCAGUAGGACACGGCAGUGGCGUGUGGGAACCAGUAACGGGUUCUUUUUCAUCCCCUUUGGGGAUAUCUGAUUGGCUUUUGUUUUCCUUCUUUUGAUAUCAUCCAAGGUGGUCAUGAAGUGUUAGAUCGGUUUCUUGCGUGACUCUUUCGUUAUCUUCCUUUCGUUUAUUCUCUUCUCUUCCCUUUUCUUUUCCCGCCCCAUGGGGCGGGCUCGCAACUAAGUUAAUAGCACUCCGUUCAACUGUUGCGUCUCUAAAUCUUGCUCUCGUCAACCCGGGC